AUGCAAAUAUUUAUACAAUCAGCUGAUCAUAAUUGGAAUUUUGGUGGUAACAGUGAUGAAGUAUGGAAUGGUUGGUCUCAUGUUGAAUCAAAAGAUAAUUUUUGGGGAUGUGGCAAUAAUAUUGGACUCACUUUACAAAAAGGUGAUAAUACAUGUACAUAUCGUGCUUCAUAUUACAUGCCAAGCUUUUGUUUGGUAAAAAUAAAUGGCAAACCAACAAAUGGGACAUUCAAUUAUGAUCGAAGCAAAUCAAAAGCCGAAGUUUAUAAUGCUUUUACAGAAUUCAUUGAAAGUCAAAUUGAUACUAACAAUUCAUAA